AUGAAGCUUGCCCUCCCCUUCACACUCGGCGCGACGCUCGUCGCAGGACUUCAGUCCGUCGCGGCAUGCGGCGACGACCACGACCACGACCACGAGGAGAGCAGCAGCCAUCUGCAUCGGAGGGCUGUCCCGCAGGUCCCGCUCACCCCGCCGUCGCGCCCUUUGCAGUGGGGAGACGUGAACAUCAUCCACACGACGGACAGCCACGGAUGGCUCCUUGGACACCAGAAGUCGUCGUUCCCUGAGCCCAACUACAGUGGGGACUUUGGAGACUUCGCGUCGUUCGUCGCGCAUAUGAAGCAGAUUGCGAAGGUAUGCAUGAGCGCGAUGUCGACCUCCUUCUCGUCGACUCUGGAGAUUUGCAUGAUGGCACGGACGGGCAUUUCCGACGGAUUCCCUGCAGGUGGGGUGGACGCGCAUGACUCCAACAAGUUCUUCCAGCAACUGCCAUAUGACGUGCUAGCCAUUGGAAACCAUGAACUAUACGUCUACGCGAACACGUAUGAUAUGUACACCAACUUCGCGCCGAAGUUCCCUGGACGAUAUUUGUCCUCGAACGUCAACAUCACCGUUACCGGUAAAGAUGGCAAGGCUGUCAGUGUCCCUGUCGGAAGCCGUUUCGCGAAGUUCAGAACUUCAAAGGGCCGUCGCGUCACAUCUCUUGGUGUUCUCUUCGACUUCACCGGCAACGAUGUCAACACCACCGUGCAGAAGGUGGAAGACAUGGUCAAGGAGACUUGGUUCGCGGAGACAAUCAAGGAAGAACCCGACUUUUUCUUGCUGGCUGGACACAUGCCUGUUGCCAAUGACAAGUGGCCAUUCGUUUUCAACGCUAUCCGCGCUGUGCACCCGGCUACGCCGAUUCUGAUCCUGGGCGGACAUACUCACAUUCGUGAUUGCGUGCAGUACGACGGUCGAUCCAUGUCGUUGGAAAGUGGUCGUUACAUGGAAACAGUCGGGUGGAUGAGCGUCAACUUAGAUCACAAGCCCAGCAACAAAAACCUUACCUUCAGCCGGAGGUACCUUGACCCCAAUCGUGUUACAUACGAGUAUCAUACUGGACGAGGCUAUGCCCAGUCGUUUGAUACCCCAAAAGGCAAGGAGAUCACGCAAGGACUCAACCAACUGGCCGUGAACUUCGAUCUGGCGUUUCAGUAUGGCACGGCACCUCAGGAUUAUACCCUCUCUCGCAAUCCUUUCCCGUCAAAUGGAUCGUUGCUAUCUUUGUUCAUCGACGAGGCUACUCCAGUAGCAUUGGCAGUUAACAACAGCAGGGCCCUGAUCCCCAACAUCAUCAUCUCCAACUCCGGAGGCCUGCGCUUCGACUUGUACUCGGGCGCGUUUACCAAAAACGACCAGCUGACCUCGUCGCCUUUCGCGGAUUCGUUCCUCUAUAUCCCCAACGUGGCACUCAGCGUCGCCAGUAAGGUUUUGCCUACGCUGAACCAUGAAGGCGCGAAUCAGAGAAGGCAAGAGUUGAGGGAGAUCUUGGAGAAGAGGGAUGCGGAGGCAUAUAGCCGCGGAGAGGUUGAUAUGAGAUAUAGGAGGUGGCUGGAGGAGAUGGACAGGCGCGACGGAGAAGAGAAGAGGGCUAAGGGUAACUUGACGUUGGGUUAUGUCACCUCGGACUCCUGCCCGGGCGUUGGCGAUGACACACUCCACUCCCCUCUUCCGUUCUACUCCGCGCCAGACUUCAUCGGUUCUGCCGCACCGAACGUGACAAGCGAUACCCCGAUCGACCUCGUGUUCAUCGACUUCAUUCAGAGCCAGCUGUUGACGGUGCUCAACGGACUCCAAAACGCGACGACAUAUACCAACGCCGACGUCAAAUCCUACAGCAGCGUCAUGUCAAACGGGGUGUUGGGCGUGUUCGCGCAGCAGAAGUGGAACUGAGCGGCAGUCGCGCAACUUCUUAUAUUUCCAGCUAUGUUUAUUGGUCCCUUGAUGCAUUAAUACGUUCACAACC